CGCACUGAACUGCACCAACACAGGGCUGGGCUCAGGGCUCAUCACAGCGGCACAAACGGCGCCAGAGGGAUGGCCUAGCGGUCUGCUGUUCUUAGCCGUCUGUCAACACUGAGCCUGGACCAGAGGCGUGUAGCGGCCGCCGCAGAGCCAAGAUGAGCGUGACCUCCUGGUUCCUGGUGAGCAGUGGAGGGACACGUCACCGACUCCCCCGAGAGAUGAUCUUUGUGGGUCGGGAUGACUGCGAACUCAUGCUGCAGUCCCGCAGUGUGGACAAACAACACGCCGUCAUCAACUAUGAGCCCGGAACUGACGAGCACAAAGUCAAAGAUCUGGGCAGUUUGAAUGGGACUUUUGUAAACGAUGUUCGCAUUCAGGAGCAGAUGUACAUCACUCUGAAGCUGGAGGACAAGCUGAGGUUUGGCUAUGAUACCAACCUGUUCACGGUCGUACAAGGGGAGCUGACCGUGCCAGAGGAAGCGCUUAAGCAUGAGAAAUUCACCAGUGGACUGCAGCUCAGCAAAAAGCCCAAUAAUGAAACCACUGCCCCGACCGCUACACCCAGAUCUCCAGCUAAGUCUCCCAUGAAGGCUCUUAAGUCGUCUGGUAGCAGCGCCCAGAGGCCACUUGAUGGGGCCGCUUCCUCUAAAGAGUCAUCAGCAAAACCCGCAGACGCUCAGAAACCAGACGACAAGAUGGGAGGGGACAUUGCCGCUUUGCAUCGUGGGACACCGCUGUACGGACAACCGUCUUGGUGGGGAGACGGGGAUGCAGACGAUGAAAACUCUUUCAAACAAGAAACAAAAUCCUCCAGUAAAAAACAUGACGGCUCAGUGUCAGUCUGUACAUUUAGUGCGCACAAUGGUCUGUUUGAGAGCAUCUGUGUGCGUCAGAGGCUGGGACUAUCGUUGGACUUGGGGGGUUCUGCAAACUGGUGGGUCAGUAACUGGAUUAGAGUCUACGCCGAUGGCUUUAUAAAAUCACUCCUCACAGAUUGGAGCUGGUAG